AUGAUUGCCUCGUUUCAGGUCAUCUCCGUCGUCAACAUCAUCUUCGUCAUCAUCUCCAUCGUGUGCUUCUGCCUCAAAACGCAUCCGUCGUUUCGGAUUCCCGACAUCGAGGUGGCCGCAAAUCCGCACAUCAAUUCGUCGCACGCCGUUCAGAACACAAUUUACGUCGGCAAAACCGCCACCAGAGCGCACCCGUCAUUCUUCUAUGUGGAGCUGCUGUCGAACAUCUGGUUCUCGGGCGAGUUCCUCACACGAAUGAUCUUCUGCCCGAAUUUGGCGAUAUUCCUCAAAACGCCGGUCAACAUCAUCGACUUCAUCGCGACGAUCUCGUUCUACAUCGAUUGGGCGCUCGAUCGCGCGUUGUCGGGUUCGAAUCGCGACUCGGUCGAGUUCUUCUCGAUCAUUCGCAUCCUGCGAUUGUUCAAGCUCACCCAGCAUUCGACGGGUCUCAAGAUUCUCAUACAGACGUUCAAGGCGUCCGCCCAAGAGCUUUUCCUUCUCGUCUUCUUCGUCCUCCUCGGCAUCGUCAUUUUCGCCGCGUUGGUCUAUUAUGCGGAACGCGUCGAGGACAAUCGCGAGAAUCAAUUCUCAUCGAUUCCCGUCGGAUUGUGGUGGGCGGUCAUCACGAUCUGUACGAUCGGCUUCGGCGAUCUGGUGCCUCAAACGUCGUUGGGUCGCCUCGUCGGCUCGAUCUGCGCCCUCAUGGGUGUGCUCACCAUCGCGUUGCCGGUGCCGGUCAUCGUCUCCAAUUUCGCCAUGUUCUAUUCUCAUGCUCAAGCGAGGUCAAAACUUCCGAAGAAGCGACGACGGGUCUUGCAGCCGCAUGAGAUCAAGCCGGUGGUUGGAAGAACGACGACAGCGGUUCUUCUCAAUUCGCUGGCUCCAAAGAGGCCUCCAGAAGGCGGUCCUUUAUCACCAUUUUCGAAUGCUCCGCUUCUUGUGUGCCCGCCAGGCGGCACCGCCGAAGGUGUCAAAUCGAGGAAAUCGAGUCAAAACAAAAGUGCGAUAUUUAUCUUCCAACAGAGCUUGAAGUUUUUGAGCAAUUUGAGCCAUGUUUCGAAGCGCGCGGCUUAUUUUCCAUGUCCGCAGCAAUGUAUCAAUGCUACAAGCAAUUAUUCGUGUUCGAUGAGUGAGAAUUGCGCGGAGGUGGCCGGCGAAUCGUCGGCCGCGGUGGCAAACGCGCUCCACGGACAAUCUGAUGACAAUUUUUAA